CUUUUCCCAGCUCCACUCCAGACUCUCUCAAGGAAUAUUGUUCAGUAUAGGACCAAUAACACCAUAGUUGGAGUCAUCACCAUUAUCCUAGUUUUCCUGUCAGCCUUUGUCAACAUGUUCACAUGCAGCACUGUGGACCUCUUUAACUGUGUGGCUGCAGAGUACAACAUCACCCCUCAUCAGGUGAAUAUGUGCCAUAUCGGCUAUUCUGCCUCCAAUUACAGCCUGGGGACAACGCAAGGGUUCUGUGAUAGCUCCAAGCCUAGCUGCAACUUUCCAGAGUAUUUUACCUACAGUGUCUUACUGAGCCUCCUAGCCUGCUCUGUGUUCCUUCAGAUCAGCUGCAUUGGGAAACUCAUUCUGAUGUUGAUCAUCGAAUUCACCUAUGUUCUCAUCGUAGAAGUGCCGGGGGUUACCCUCUUUGAUAAUGCAGAUCUCCUGGUUACAGCCAAUGCCAUUGUAUUUUCAAAUGAGACAUGGAAUGGAGUAUGUCCCGCAGGGGUGUCCAGGGUAGCCCUGAAAAUUGUGACUCCUGUAGUCAUUACAGUGUUUGUCUUGGCAGUCUACCUCCAUGCUCAGCAGGUGGAAUCUACAGCAAGGCUUGAUUUCCUUUGGAAACUUCAGGCUACUGAAGAAAAGGAGGAAAUGGAGGAAUUGCAGGCCUACAACCGGCGCCUUCUCCAUAACAUCUUGCCAAAAGAUGUAGCGGCCCACUUCCUUGCACAGGAGCGACGCAACGAUGAACUCUAUUACCAGUCAUGCGAGUGCGUAGCUGUCAUGUUUGCCUCCAUCAGCAACUUCUCAGAAUUCUACGUGGAGCUUGAGGCUAACAAUGAAGGGGUGGAAUGCCUGAGGCUCCUCAACGAAAUCAUUGCAGACUUUGAUGAGAUCAUAAGUGAAGACCAAUUUAGGCAGCUGGAAAAGAUCAAGACGAUCGGCAGCACAUACAUGGCUGCUUCGGGCCUUAAUGAUUCCACCUAUGACAAAGUGGGUAAAACGCACAUCAAGGCCCUGGCUGACUUUGCAAUGAGGUUAAUGGACCAAAUGAAAUACAUCAAUGAACAUUCAUUCAACAACUUCAAGAUGAAGAUAGGGCUUAAUAUUGGCCCAGUGGUAGCUGGGGUCAUAGGAGCACGCAAGCCCCAGUAUGAUAUUUGGGGGAACACUGUGAAUGUAGCCAGUCGAAUGGACAGUACAGGAGUACCCGAAAGGAUUCAGGUCACCACAGACCUGUAUCAGGUGUUAUCAGCCAACAACUAUCAGCUAGAAUGCAGAGGAGUUGUUAAGGUUAAAGGUAAAGGAGAAAUGACCACCUACUUCCUAAACGAAGGCCCUUCAGCAAGUUAGCAGCAGUGGACUAGACUGACUCAAGGAUGGCUCAAUUGAUUCACACACAGGAGUAAAUCGGUGAAAAAUCCACUGUUUAGCGGUGAACCUAACAAGGCACAAGUUGAGUAUUUCAUGCGAUGCCUUUCAAGCAGGAUUGUGUGGAAGAAGAAAACCAGCACCACCGUUUGGGCUGUCUAUCACACCAUUCAAAAGUUACCUAGCACUGCUGUGCAUUGAGUGCGAAUGAACUGACCAAAGAUUUAUCCUUAUGGAAUUCAGAGAUGAAAACAAGGAUUUGAGAUCUUCAAUGACGCUGCUACGCAGGACAUAAGAUAUUUAAGUAUUUAUUUAAAGUAACACAAUAUUUUUACUUGGUUGACGGAAAGUAUGAUUCAUUGUAAUGGAAGGGGAAAAAAUUAACAGCAUUUCUUUGGCAAGGGUGUACACUCUCAUACUAUUUCUGGUUCGUGCUGUCAGCUCCUUGAAGUGUGCCACUGUUCUUUUACGAGUUCUUUUGAGUGGGCUUUUAAAAUUAAAAAGUAUUGCCCACUACUGCCCCAUACAGAGGGCCUUUUGUAAUGACGUCAUCCAUGACGUUUUUAAAUGGAAAAGAUGCCUUGCCUGUCUACUCUUACACUUAACACACGUAGGAGGCUUAUUUUUUAAAAAAAAAUCAGGAGGGGUGGAUGGUAGAAGGGGAAAACGCUUAAAACGAGGAAAAUACGAUUCUUCAAACCUAUUUCUUAAAUAAAAAAAGAUCGU